UCUCAUGAAAUUAAAUUCGAGAAAGUGGCAACGAUUACCAACAAGCGUGUAAAUUGUGUUUGUUUACGAAAAUAAAAUUAAUAGAUAUCGAGAAUACGAGAUUUCCAAAAAUGGUGGAUGAUUUGAAUUAUUUGUACGAAAUGCACAACGAAGAAUUAAAUCAAGUUUUGGAGAAUGUCACAACAUACCUGCUAAAAUGUAGCAAAGUGUUUCAUAAGAUUCGUAAAUAUGAGCACGCUUUGCAGGACGGCAGUGCAAUAGCUUUGUUGGCCUACGAUAAAUUCUUUUCGACUUUGUCGAACAUGUUGGAUACGGCGCGGACAUUUAAUUUUCAUUUUUUUAUAACUGAUCUGGAGAAAACGUCUACAUGCAAAUUAUUCGACGCUUUGGAUCCAUAUGACAGGCGUGAGGAAGAUGUCAAUACUCCAGAGGCUCACACCGAUGAAUCAAGAAUUUUUCCCUUAGAUUCGUCAACUAAAUCCACCAUUUACUGUAAAAAUAAUACGUAUGAAAAGUUAAAUAUACGUCAAAAAGAAAUUACACCGUCCUCGAAUGAAGAAAAUUGUAGCAAUUAUAAAAAUGUGUCUAUACCACCAGCUGGAGGGAAUGUCGAUGCAGACCUAAAGGAGCAUUCACCAAUGGCAUAUAUAAAAAAGGAUAUUUCCAAAUACAAAGUUGGCGACCUUUUAAAGGCAUCUGUGACAUAUGUACAAGAUUUAGAGUCCUUAAACUUCUAUGUGUUGUCUGUAUGUGAUGCAAAAUCCAAGGAAUUUCAGCAAAUAGCAGAUUUGAAGAGUAUGAUCCAUCUUAGGCAGUUUGCAGCUAUUCCCCCAGAAAACGAGGUAUUUGGCCUUGUUCUAGAUAACGCAAUACUACGAGCAAUACGAGAAAGUUCGUCGAAGCUAUCAUCACCCCCAGACGGGAAGUGUAAUGCUUUGCUUUUGGACUUUGGCGAGAUAUCCGAAAUAUCUGCGUCUAAUGUUACAUAUCGAUUGCCUGAAGAAAUAAAAAAUAUUCCUGCCCAAGCAAUACCUUGUCAAUUAAACGGUAUUCAUGGACAAAAAAAUUUGCCUCUUGAAGAAUUGAAGACGUGUUUAUUGGAUUUGGUGUAUGAAACAACGACAUUCUUAGUAAAAUCAAAACAGGAAAAUGAUUCUAAACUUGUUCUGGAACUUUAUAAGGAUAAAAUAGAAAAAUCUGACAAUUUAUCCGCACCACCGAAGAAGUCAACAAAUAGUGAUUUAGUGACUCUUAAUAAUGAAAUGAAAUUAACUAAAAAAGCGAUUAACACAAAUCCAUUCCUAACCGAUACGGAAACCAGCAUUGAUGACAAUGAUGAAGCUAUUCCCUUACGGGCAUUACCCGACAAUACUCUAUUAACAGGAGAAAGCGAAAGACUAUUCAAUGGUCUGACCGCCGAAGAGAUGGAUAUGUUGGCAGAGGAACCACUCAGUACAUCAAACGCAAUGACUGCAGUGUUGGGCUACAAUCCCAAGGAUGAACAACGGAUUUGCCGGUUUUUUAAUCCAAAAACUGGUGCUUGCUUUAAGGGUGCCAAUUGUCGGCAAGAACAUACUCCACUACAAGCAGAUGGAUGGAGUAAAGAUCGCGUUCCAGCUGGAACUAUAAUUGACAACUUCUCGCCGACGACACGCUACCCUUCCGGACUGAUCAUAAAUAUUACAGUAACACACAUUGGACAAAUCGAGUAUUUCUACGGUCAAAUAAAUGAUCCAGACAGUUACAAGGAACCACUAAUAUGGACGGAUGAUGAGAUUCCACUAUGUAUGCAUUUAACUAAACCACCAAUGAUGUAUGACCUCGUCCGUGCGCGUUACGAAGAUGAGCUAUGGUACCGCGCAAAAGUUGUUGAUUUUGACGAUUCUGGUAAAGUCUUCAAAGUAUUUUAUGUCGAUUAUGGCAAUCAUCAAAAUGUCUUACUUGAACACUUGGCGUACUGUGAUCGUUCCACGGAGCGACUCCCAUUUCAGGCAGUCCUAUGCCGAGUAGCAGAUAUUAUGCAAAAUCCUGAUGCAUCGGAUGAACUGCGAGACAGCGGUGUUCGUACUUUAAAUGCUCUCUUACUCAAUCAUUCUCUUGACGUGAAAGUGGUAAGCCAUCAGGAGGAUUUGAUUGUACGCUUCAUAGGUACGCAAUAUAAUUCAAUUAAAAAAAGACUAAUUUCGUUGGGCUGCGCAAAACAAUUCCAUUCAAACCCAUCUAAUGGUACAACGUAAAGUGUUACGCUUAUUACCACAAAGUGUUCUUAAUAAAUAACGGGUAUAUUAAUAAGUAAUGAUACCAAUAAUUUGAAUGUUUGUAUGUUUUGAGUACGAACUAAUUGUAUGUUACGAAACUUAUUAAAAGUAAUAUCUUUUAUUAAAAUUACUAUAUCCCAUUCUUUGAAACAAUGAAUUAUAUAAAAAUUUCAAAACUGGUACUGACUGAAAUGUUUGCCAAAAAAUAUAUUUACGUACACUAACAUUCUCUCCACAAUCUACCAGCCAAGGCAUGUCACUUCAGCAAAGUUCGUUAAAAAUAUGUACAUUAGUCCCACACGCUGGGACUGAAGGAGGGGUCCGCGAACUACCUGCGUGGUCGGCAUUCGUCAGUAAUUUUUCGAGACCAAAGCUCAGAACGGAGGAGGAUAAAGCAAGGUGCUCCGCAGGGUGGGGACCUUUCAUACUUGCUUUUCAACUUCUACAUCGUGGUGUGCGUCUUGAUGUUGUUCCACAAAUGGAGAGACCUACAAUUUUAAGCAGACUCCGAACGGCAGUUAUUUUUUAUGGGAGAAACCCACUCGGUACGAAUUGUAAACGUUGUAAAUCUUUCCAUUAUCGGAGAAAGAUCGUGAGAUUUUGUAGGAAUUACCUAUGAGCCACCAUGAAGAUUUCCAAACCGUUAUAAGAAUAAAGAUGAAAUUCUAGUGAAAGAUGCCCGUAGUGUCCU